AUGCCUCUAGUGAAUCUCACGUAAGCUUUUGCCUUUUGAUUAAACGAUGGCAACAUUUCUCAUAGACAGCUGUAGUUGUUAUAGCCUCUACCGAGAAUAGGGGCGACAAAUAAACCUAGCUAGCUACAUACAGUCGGCAGAGCCGGUCAGCUCUGCAACAUUUGCUUUGAAUCAUAAUGUUGCCAUGCACUUCUUGGGGAUUGUGGAGAAGCGCCAUUCUCACCCUCAAGACAUUAAGGUUAGUCAAAACUCUCUGGGCUAGUUGCUUUUAUUUCAAUUAAAUGUAUCCUGAUCAUAACCAUACUUUUAUCGUUUUACAACCAACAUAUCACUUAAUAAUAUCUCUUUACAAAUUGAUAACCCGCAUCUUGUUAGCCAGCUAAUGAUGGGGAGCCAUAUAACAGUCCCAUGAUCUGACUUGUCUUAACAUUAUUAUUAAUAAUAAAUAUAGCUGCAAGCUGCAUGCCUUAUUUUACAAGUCAUAACAUUUGUUAUUGGUACAACAUCCCUCACUGGCUAGGGAUGCUUACAUUUACAUUUACAUUUUAGUCAUUUAGCAGACGCUCUUAUUCAGAGCGACUUACAGGAGCAAUUAGGGUUAAGUGCCGUGCUUAAGGGCACACCGACAGAUUUUUCACCUAGUCGGCUCGGGGAUUAGAACCAGCGACCUUUCGGUUACUGGCACAACGCUCUUACCCACUACAGUGCCUUCGGAAAGUAUUCAGACCCCUUGACUUUUUCCACAUUUUAUUUUGUUACAGCCUUAUUCUAAAAUUGAUUAAAUAAAACAUGUUCCUCAGCAAUCUACACACAAUACCCCAUAAUGAAAAAAACAAAAACAAUUUUAGCAAAUGUAUAAAAAAUUAAAAACAGAAAUACCUUAUUUACACAAGACAUAAGUAUUGAGACUCGAAAUUGAGCUCAGGCGCAUCCUGUUUCCAUUGAUCAUCCUUGAGCUGUUUCUACAACUUGAUUGGAGUCCACCUGUUGUAUUUUCAAUGAUUUGGAAAUGCACACACCUGUCUAUAUAAGGUACCACAAGCCAUGAAGUCGAAGGAAUUGUCCGUAGAGCUCCGAGACAGGAUUGUGUCGAGGCACAGAUCUGGGGAAGGGUACCAAAAAAAUGUCUGCAGCAUUGAAGGUCCCCAAGAACACGGUGGCCUCCAUCAUUUAUAAAUGGAAGAAGUUUGGAACCACCAAGGCUCUUCCUAGAGCUGGCCGCCCGGCCAAACUGAGCAAUCGGGGGAGAAGGGCCUUGGUCAGGGAGGUGACCAAGAACCCGAUGGUCACUCUGACAGAGCUCUAGAGUACCUCUGUGGAGAUGGGAGAAACUUUCAGAAGGACAACCAUCUCUGCAGCACUCAACCAAUCAGGCCUUUAUGGUAGAGUGGCCAGACGGAAGCCACUCCUCAGUAAAAGGCACAUGACAGCCCGCUUGGAGUUUGCCAAAAGGCACCUAAAGACUCUCAGACCAUGAGAAACAAGAUUCUCUGGUCUGAUGAAACCAAGAUUGAACUCUUUGGCCUGAAUGCCAAGCGUCACAUCUGGAGGAAACCUGGCACCAUCCCUACGGUGAAGCAUGGUGGUGGCAGCAUCAUGCUGUGGGGAUGUUUUUCAGCGGCAGGGACUGGGAGACUAGUCAGGAAUAGGGAGGGAGAAAGGGGGAGGUUAGGAGAAGACAAAAGAGGAUGAUGAGAAUAGGGUCCACUGUCAAAUUCAUAAAUCUCCAAACAAUAUGAAAAACCAAAUACCAAAGACCCUUGAAACUUAAGCAUGAAAUUAAGCUUAAGGUAAAGCACACAAAAGAUAGCUAUUAUCCCAAAGGGUAACAUCCCACCAUUUCCAGUCAAACUAAAGGAGCAGGUGUGUGAUGGAAAGGUACAACGAGGAGGGUCAAGUGACCUUACUGACCUUGAACCGGCCGGCUGGAGGUCAUCUUGAAGUCCAGAGUGGGCUUGCUGGAAAAUCCGGCCCAGAAGUCGAUGGUGCUGACUCCUGAGAUCCGGACUGAGUGUCUGCCCUCGCUAGACGUCUGGAGAGAUGGGGAAAUAGGUCAAAGGUUAGAAUCACAUUAGGUCAGAUUAGAUUCUAUUAGAGCAGUGAUAUUCAAAGUCGGGGUCACGGAGGAAUUGCAGUGGGGACAAAAAAUUAAGAGUACAAAUUAUUGUAUGGGACAAUAUACAAAUGUUUUUGAAAAACAUAAUUUGAUAAGAGAUGAAAAUGCAAUGAAUUGAAGGUUAUUUGUUGAUGUAAAAAUCUAAAUGUACUCAUUUUAAGGUUGUGUCAUUAGAUUUGGGGUUGGGGUCACAAUAAAUUAUUAGGGGGAAAAAUUGUGUCCCCUGAAAUUCUGAUGAAAAAAAUGGGGUCCCCAGAAAUUCUGCCAAAGAAAAUGGGGUCCCCAGAAAUUCUGGUGAAAAAAAAUGGUGUCCUGUCCCCAGAAAUUAUGGCAAAGAAAAUGGGUCCCUGCUUAAAAUGUUUGAAUACCACUGUGUUGUUUGUGCUGUGAUGUGGGAUCACACACAAUGAAAAUGUCUGCAUCUGCAUCUGUAUCCUAAACUUAUACAGUGGUUUGUCUCAUACAAGACACGUUUAGAAUCCACAAUACAGCUGAUAAAAAAUAUAACAGAAAGUUUACAUGACAGCAGCUCUGUAGCUGCUAUUUUCAGCAUUGGUUGGGAAUUGAGGCCAGCACUGGUUAGGAGCAGGGUUUCAUGAUGAUGUGCAGUCACUAAACAUGGUCUGCUUAAGCCAUCACCACAGUUAUUUCAAUAUUUAAUUACCGUUUCUAAAGUUAGAACAUAACAAUGUGAUGAGUUUAGGAUGGCUGUGCCAGUAUGGCUGAUCCAAGAUGGCUGUGACAGUAUGGUUGAUCCAAGAUGGCUGUGACAUUAUGGUUGAUCCAAGAUGGCUGUGACAGUAUGGUUGAUCCAAGAUGGCUGUGACAGUAUGGUUGAUCCAAGAUGGGUCUGACAGUAUGGUUGAUCCAAGAUGGCUGUGCCAGGAUGAUUGAUCCAAGAUGGCUGUGCCAGGAUGAUUAUGAUCAUGUCUCCAAUGCAAGAGAAGCCAAAGCUUUUACAUCAAAUGGAACACCAUUUUCCAACAAGACAAAAAUGAACGGAGCAAAGUACAGAGUGAUCCUUGAUGAAAACCUGCUCCAGAUCGCUCAGGACCUCAGACUGGGGCAAAGGUUCACCUUCCAACAGGACAACGACCCUAAGCACACAGCCAAGACAACACAGGAGUGGCUUCGGGACAAGUCUCUGAAUGUCCUUGAGUGGCCCAGCCUGAGCCCGGACUUGAACCCGGUCGAACAUCUCUGUAGAGACCUGAAAAUAGCUGUGCAGCAACGCUCCCCAUCCAACCUGACAGAGCUUGAGAGGAUCUGCAGAGAAGAAUGGGAGAAACUCCCCAGAUACAGGUGUGCCAAGCUUGCAGCGUUAUACCCAAGAAGACUUGAGGCUUUAAUUGCUGCCAAAGGUGCUUCAACAAAGUACUGAGUAAAGGGCCUGAAUACUUAUGUAAAUGUAAUAUUUCAGUUUUUUAUUUGUAAUAUUUUUGCUAAGAUUUCUAAACGUCUUUUUGCUUUGUUAUUAUGGGGUAUUGUGUGUAGAUUGAGGAGGAACAAAACAAAUGUAAUCAAUUUUAGAAUAAGGCUAUAACGUAACAAAAUCUGGAAAAAGUCAAGGGGUUUGAAUACUUUCCGAAGGCACUGUAUAUGUAUGAAUUGCAGGUUCCAGUGUUGACUCAAUCUCUUGCACAAAUCAUAUAACGUUCCAUUUAGCAGGUUGCUUUCAUACAAAGCAACUUACAGUCGUGUGCAUACAUUCUUUACAUUUGGGUGGUCGUGGGAAUCGAACCCACUAUCUUGCCAGCGCAACCCACUCCUUUUGCCCUCAGAACAGCCUAAAUUCGUUCCGGCUACAAGGUGUCGAAAGCGUUCCACAGGGAUGCUGGCCCAUGUUGACUCCAAUGCUUCCCACAGCUGGAUGUCCUUUGGGUGGUAGACCAUUCUUGAUACAUACUGGAAACUGUUGAGCGUGAAAAACCCAACAGCAUUCCAGUUCUUGACACAAACCGGUGCGCCUGACACCUACUACCAUACCCCGUUCAAAGGCACUUAAUUGUUUUGUCUUGCCCAUUGACCCUCUGAAUGGCACACAUGCGCAAUCCAUUUCUCAAUUGUCUCGAGGCUUAAAAAUCCUUCUUUAACCUGUCUCCUCCCCUUCAUCUACACUGAUUUGAAGUGGAUUUAACAAGUGACAUCAAUAAGGGAUCGUAGCUUUCACCUGGAUUCACCUGGUCAGUCUAUGUCAUGGAAAGAACCAGUGUUCUUAAUGUUUUCUGCGCUCAGUGUAGAUGUAUAUUUGGCCCAACAUUUGAUUUCUAUAAUGUAUUGUACUCUACUUUGCUCUACUGUAAUGUACUGAACCAUAAUGUACUGUAAUGUACUGUACAUAAUUGUACUAUACUUUACUGUACUGAACUAUAAUGUAUUGUACUGUACUUUACCAUACUGUACAUUAUUGUACUGUACUAGACUGUGCUGAACUGAACUGUACUGUACAGAACUAUACUGUACUAUACUAUUUCUACCCAUUUAAACUGGUCUUGGUCAGGUCAUGGUCUCGAUCCACUGGUCCUUGGUCCUUAAAAACUCUUGGUCUGGAUUUAAAGGGUUCCGGUCCUGACUUCAUUUCUGGUACUCACACCAAUUGUAUACUUUUGAAUCCAUGUGGGUAAUGAACCAGUGCACACUUCAGGAAACAUUGUAGAGUAUUGAGAUGCAUGGCCAGCAGGGGGCUCCCUUCCCUCCAAGAGUGCUGUCAGGCCCGAGCUCACUCAACGAUAUCAACUUCAUUUGUGUUGCAUUUGAAGAUCUUAGUCUAUAGAUGCUGUACACCAAGUUUCGGAGAAAUCGGUGUAGUGGUGUCUGAGAUGUUGUUUAAAUUAAUUUUUCAAAAUAAAUUUACGUAAUUUUCAAAAUGGCAGAUAAUCCAUCACGGUGACGUCAUUGGUCCAAGAGGCACAUUUGUUCCUUGGGUAGAGAGGAACCUAUGUACCAAAUGUUACUAUAGGUUGAAUGAGGGAGCGGGGCUGACCUUUUGAAGUCAAAGGUUGUUUAUAGUGCCACCAUUUGGCAGAGUUGCACCACGUGCAACCAGAUGUAUUUGUGCAUAAUUGUAUACCAUCCCACCAAGUUUGGUCUCUGUAGGUUUUACCAUUUAAGAACUCUCCAAAAAAAUUGACAAUUAAUAAAAACCCUACAAUAACAAGAGGGUUCCAGACCCUUUUGGGGCUUGUUCCCCGAUUUAAUAAUAACACUGAACAAAAAUAUAAACGCAACAUGUAAAGUGUUGGUCCCAUGUUUCAUGAGCUGAAAUAAAAGAUCGCAGAAGUUUUCCAUACGCACAAAAAGCGUAUUUCUCUAAAAUGUUGUGCACAAAUUUGUUUAUAUCCGUGUUAGUGAGCAUUUCUCUUUUGCCAAGAUAAUCCAUCCACCUGACGGGUGUGGCAUAUCAAGAAGCUGAUUAAACAGCAUGAUCAUUACCCAGGUGCACCUUGUGCUGGGGACAAUAAAAGGCCACUCUAAAAUGUGCAGUUUUGUCACACAACACAAUGGCAUGCUGACUGCAGGAAUGUUCACCAGAGCUGUUGCCAGAGAAUUUAAUAUUAAUGUCUCUACCAAAAGCUGCCUCCAAUGUCGUUUUAGAGAAUUUGGCAGUACGUCCAACCGGCCUCAACCACAGACCAUGUGUAUGGCGUCGUGUGGGCAAGCGGUUUGCUGAUGUCAAGGUUGUGAUCAGAGUGCUCCAUGGUAAGGUGGGGUUAUGGUACGGGCAGGCAUAAGCUAUGGACAAUGAACACAAUUGCAUUUUAUCGAUGGCAAUUUGAAUGCACAGAGUUACCGUGACGAGAUCCUGAGGCCCAAUGUUUCAGCAUGAUAAUGCACGGCCCCAUGUCGCAAGGAUCUGUAUACAAUUCCUGGAAGUUGAAAAUGUACCAGUUCUUCCAUGGCCUGCAUACUCACCAGACAUGUCACUCAUUGAGCAUGUUUGGGACAACAUGCACAGGCUAAUCAACUCUAUGCGAAGGAGAUGUGUCGCGCUCCAUGAGGCAAAUGGUUGUCACACCAGUUACUGACUGGUUUUAUGAUCCACGUCCCUAACUUUUUUUUAAGGUAUCUGUGACCAACAGAUGCAUACCUGUAUUCCCAGUCAUGUGAAAUCCAUAGAUUAGGGCCAAAUUAUACUGAUUUUCUUUACGUGAACUGUAACUCAGUAAAAUCUUAGAAAUUGUUGCAUGUUGCAUUUAUAUUUUUGUUCAGUGUAUAUAUAGCUCUUUUCAAGGACCCAGCCGCUUGACAAUUGAAUAAUUGUCUUCAGCAGAGCAGCUCCAUCAGUGAGGGGCCUGUGUAUCCCUACCAGAGCGGUAUGCGAUGCUGAGACCAUCUUCGCCCUGUCGUCGGGCCACGGCAGGUGUGGUGUGGCGGUGGUCCGUGUCAGUGGUCCUGCCUCCUCCAUGGUCCUGAGGAAUAUGGCAGGUCUGACCCUACCCCCUCCUCGUACUGCCCAGCUACGGAGGAUCACUGACCCCCAGUCCAAAGAGCUGCUGGACCGAGGACUGGUCCUCUGGUUCCAAGGUCAUAUCGGUCCUAGAGGACAUCUCACAGUUAUUUUUGGAUAAACCCACAAUGCAUCUCAUAGUAGCUGUUCUGCUUGGUCCAAUGUUGUUGUUGUGACUGUUGUUGUGCUUUCUUGUCAGGUCCCCACAGCUUCACAGGGGAAGACAGUGCGGAGUUCCAUAUUCACGGAGGUCCUGCAGUCAUCACAGCUGUCCUACAAGCCCUAGGUAAGCGCGCAGUCAUAUGAAGAGAGAUAUGAGAUAUGGUACUAGGUUAGAGCGCAGUCAUAUGAAGAGAGAUAUGAGAUAUGGUACUAGGUUAGAGCGCAGUCAUAUGAAGAGAGAGAUGAGAUAUGGUACUAGGUUAGAGCGCAGUCAUAUGAAGAGAGAUAUGAGAUAUGGUACUAGGUUAAAGCACAGUCAUAUGAAGAGAGAUAUGAGAUAUGGUACUAGGUUAAAGCACAGUCAUAUGAAGAGAGAUAUGAGAUAUGGUACUAGGUUAGAGCACAGUCAUUUGUAGAGAGAUAUGAGUGGUCUGAUUGAGUGUGAUGUCCAGAGAGUGUCCUGUCUAUACUGUAGUUGUCUUGACAGCUGGGAUGAGAGAUGAGGGAUCAGGAACCAGCUGAUUCUAGAUCUGUGCCAAUGGACAGCUUCUACCUGGAAUGUAUCGUGUGAUCUCUACCGUGGCACCAGACCUGGGUAUCAACACUUCACCACCUCUCCUGAGAGGAGCGCUACAGAAAAUAGCCUAAUUUUAGUAUUCUUGAGGAAAACCGUCAGCAGCCUAACAAAAGCAAAUCUCUAUUUUUGACAGUCAAAAUAGUGGGUUUGGAAUCUACCUACUGUAGAUUCACCCUUUCCUUAGUUUGGCAUGCAGACAAUGCUGCUAUUGUUUCUCUGGUACAAUGUGUGGAUGGAGGGAACCUGGAGUAGGCUGAUGUUUCCUCUCCUAGCGGGCCCUAUUGAACUGUCAAUCAUUCAAUGUGUCAAUCAAUAUUCAGAUCUUUAGGGUGCAUCUCAAUAGCGAUGAUGCCUACUGGCGAUUUGCUUUCACCUGUGUGUGUGUGUGUAUAUAUAUAUAUAUAUAUAUAUAUAUAUAUAUAUAUAUUAGUACUAGGUUAGAGCCUAGAGGAGAUAAGUGUUCGUGUAGUUGUUUCAUCUGGGUGUCUGCAUUGCUUUCCUUCCUGCAAACAGUUUCCUUGAACUUGAGAGUAAUGCAGAACUGUUGUCAGUUUCCUUGCAAUGUUAAUGUUUGGCUGCUAGGGGGCAGUGUUAUAUAAAUGAAUGUCAACUGUGCAGCGCCUCAGAUUGCAGUUAGAUUGCAUCUUCUCAGAACAGCCAGUCAACAACAUAAUACAUAAAGUUGAUGAUAUAAUCCUGGUGUCUUCUGUAGUUACCAGCGUUGUGCUUCUUUAUUAAUACGGUACUAGUACAGUGUUAAUAACCAACUGGCAACAGCCAACUGUCUCUGGUUAAUGCCUUUGCAGAGGGUGUAAGGAUCAGGCCACCAUAUUGACAACCAAUAAAUUAAGUUCUGUAAAGGUUCUAACAAAAACACCUUACCUCAUUGCCAGUGUUGUUUUUGCCACUCACAGUGAUCCCAGAAUGACCCUUCAACUCUGAACCUCUGACCCUAUGACUUCAUGAGCCCAGAGCAGGCACGGGGUUUGUCUCUUUCUGGCAGUGUGUGUAUUUCUCAGGAAGACAAGAGACAAGCAGCCAGCAGACACUCUAUUGUGUAACUUUAUAUGACAAUUAAAUUAAAUACACCUACAAAUAUACACUGAGUACAGUCACAUGCAUACAAUAAUGCGAUAAAUGUGGAUAAUCAGAUUAAUAUAAUAGUUUGAUUAAAACGUUUACAUGCUUUGCAAGAAGAAUGAUUUCCCUAAUAAUCCUGUUUACAUCUGAAACCAGGCUACCUGAUGGAACUCUGAUAAAUGCAGAAAAUCGCCAAUCAAAAUAAAGGUUCUACCACAGCAGCCAUGUUGUUUUUGGGAAGCAUAUUUGAUUCAGAGUUCGGAUAUAUAAAGUUUGUAUGAGAAAACUGCUUCUAAGACGCAUAAAUUCAGUUGUUCCAAACUCAGUUCACUAGCGCUAAAGAGGGAGGCUUGCUGGGCUGGUGAUAGCACGUGCGCAGAUCAAAUACACUGCUGGAACGCCGAUAUAAGCUGUUUCCAUGUCCUAAUAAUUCGAAAGAUUACUCAGAAAACCAGGUGUUUUAAUCGGCGUAGGUUUACUUCCAUUAUGACCUUUCACCGAUUAAUAUAAGCAGAGUAAGGUGUUUACGUGACUAUUGCGUAAUCUGCCUACUGCCAUAAUGAGUUUAAUAUCGAUUUAUUACUGUGCAUGUAAACUUACCCACUGAGUGUACAAAACUUUAUGAACACCUGCUCUAUCCAUGACAUACUGACAAGAUGAAUCCAGGUGAAAGCUAUGAUCCCUUAUUGAUGUCACUUGUUAAAUCCACUUCAAUCAGUGUAGAUGAAUGGGAGGAGACAAGUUAAAGAAGGAUUUUGAAGCCUUGAGACAAUUGAGACAUGGAUUGUGUAUGUGUGCCAUUCAGAGGGUGAAUGGGCAAGACAAACGAUUUAUGUGCCUUUGACCAGGGUACGGUAGAAGGUGCCAGGCGCACCGGUAUGUGUCAAGAACUGCAACGCUCCACAGUUUCCCAUGUGUAUCAAGAAUGGUCCACCACCCAAAGGUCAUCCAGCCAAGUUGACACAACUGUGGGAAAGCAUUGGAGUCAACAUGGGCCAGCAUCCAUGCCGAACGCUUUGGACACCUUGUAGAGUCCAUGCCCCGACGAAUUGAGGCUGUUCUGAGGGCAAAAAGGAGUGGUGGGGUGCAACUCAAUAUUAGGAAGUUGUUCUUAAUGUUUUGUCCACUCUGUAUUUAGGUAGUGUAUAUUUAGCUGUGGAUGCUUUUAACCCUUUGUUGUACUCUGUUGUCCCAAAAGACUACAUAUACACUACCGUAUAUAUAUAUAUAUAUAUAUAUAUAUAUAUAUAUAUAUAUAUAUAUAUAUAUAUAUAUAUAUAUAUAUAUAUAGAGUGAAUAUAUAUAUAUAUAUAUAUAUAUGAGUGAAUCCCGUUUUUAAAUGCACAAUAUGUCAAUUAAUUAACUUGGCAUGCAAUCUACGUUGCCUUAGUAACCCUGGCUUGUGAACGUUAGGGAACCUUAUUAGUGACCCAAGUUUUGUCUCUGUCUUGCUGUGCUGUGUGGUGUGUAACUAAUUGACCCUGGCUUUGACCUUGUUUGAGUGAUUCUCUGUCUUACUGUGUGGUGUGUUACUAAUUGACCCUGGCUUUGACCUUGUUUGAGUGAUUCUCUGUCUUGCUGUGUGGUGUGUUACUAAUUGACCCUGGCUUUGACCCCGUUUGAGUGAGUCUCUGUCUUGCUGUGCGGUGUGUGUUAUGCAGGAAGCCUGGAGGGUGUGAGGCCUGCGGAGGCAGGGGAGUUCACGCGGAGGGCCUUCCACGCGGGGAAACUGGGCUUGACGGAGGUGGAGGGCCUGGGUGACCUGAUCCACGCUGAGACUGAGGCCCAGAGGAGGCAGGCCCUCAGGCAGAUGGAUGGAGAGCUGGGCCGCGUCUACCAGGACUGGAGCUACAGGCUGAAACGGGUAGGAGAGUAGGUUCCCCCAGAGAAAGAGAAAAGACGGAUGGUUACCUAGCAACUUGUUGUUGUCUAAGCCAGCCAGGCAACUGUGUAACGAUGUUGCAUAAAAAGCACACAGAUCUCAAAGUUAGGAUUCAGGCCUUUGUGUGUACUAGACAGCUCUAGUUUGGGCUGUUUGAGUUGCCAUGGUUGCCAUUUGGCUGCGAGUCGUCUCCAGGCCAUUGGUAGAGUGGUCUGAUUGAGUGUGAUGUCCAGAGAGUGUCCUGUCUAUACUGUAGUUGUCUUGACAGCUGGGAUGAGAGAUGAGGGAUCAGGAACCAGCUGAUUCUAGAUCUGUGCCAAUGGACAGCUUCUACCUGGAAUGUAUCGUGUGAUCUCUACCUUGGCACCAGACCUGGGUAUCAACACUUCACCACCUCUCCUGAGAGGAGCGCUACAGAAAAUAGCCUAAUUUUAGUCUUCUUGAGGAAAACCGUCAGCAGCCUAACAAAAGCAAAUCUCUAUUUUUGACAGUCAAAAUAGUGGGUUUGGAAUCUACCUACUGUAGAUUCACCCUUUCCUUAGUUUGGCAUGCAGACAAUGCUGCUAUUGUUUCUCUGGUACAAUGUGUGGAUGGAGGGAACCUGGAGUAGGCUGAUGUUUCCUCUCCAAGCGGGCCCUAUUGAACUGUCAAUCAUUCAAUGUGUCAAUCAACAUUCAGAUCUUUAGGGUGCAUCUCAAUAGCGAUGAUGGCUACCGGGGAUUUGCUUUCACCUGUUCACUUCUGUCAUGAAAGGAGACAAGGAGAGGAUGCUUUUUUUAGUCGACUGAGAUGUUUUAGUCGACUGAGAUGUUUUAGUCGACUGAGAUGUUUUAGUCGACUGAGAUGUUUUAGUCGACUGAGAUGUUUUAGUCGACUGAGAUGUUUUAGUCGACUGAGAUGAUUUAGUCCACUGAGAUGUUUUAGUCGACUGAGAUGAUUUAGUCCACUGAGAUGUGACCUAGAAGACAAUCACAACCGAGAAACUUAAAUCAUUGCCAAAGGAAUUAAUAUAGAGAGGAAUGUGAUGAGUAUAGCAUAUGUUGUUGUUGUCUCUCUCGCUCAACAUCUGUAUGUUUGUUGUUUCAGUGUUUGGCUCACGUGGAAGCCUUCAUAGACUUCAGUGAAGAUGAGCUCAUCGAGGACGGGGUGUUAAAUCACGGUGGGUACGCCCCCUUCUCUGGAACAAAAUAACCAUUACGGAAGUCAGUUUUCCAGGGGGAGUUGGCAUGGCUUUCCUGUUUGUAUCUGCGGAGAGGGAGAGCUAGCGUCAUUGAGAGGAGAUACGCAUCAAAGUGCUGAAAAGACGGUCUCCUUGGAGGAAGUGGGGAGAAGGGGCCACAGGGACACUGCAGGCAUUCAUCUUGUCUUCAAAGCCUGGCUUCUCAGGCUGUCCAACACAGGAAUACACUGUCAGCAGCUACAAACCCUCUCUCUAUCUCUCUCUCUAUCUCUCUCUCUAUCUCUCUCUCUAUCUCUCUCUCUCUCUCUCUCUCUCUCACCUCUCUCUCUGUCACCUCUCUCUCUCUCACCUCUCUCUUGCUACCACCUCUCAAUUCAAUUCAAUUUAAGGGCUUUAUUGGCAUGGGAAACGUAUGUUAACAUUGCCAAAGCAAGUGAAGUAGAUAGUAAACAAAAGUGAAAUAAACAAUAAAUAUUAACAGUAAACAUUACACUCAGAAGUUCCAAAAGAAUAAAGACAUUUCAAAUGUCAUAUUAUGUAUAUAUACAGUGUUGUAAUAAUGUGCAAAUAGUUAAAGUACAAAUGGGAAAAUAAGUAAACAUAAAUAUAGGUUGUAUUUACAAUGGUGUUUGUUCUUCACUGGUUGCCCUUUUCUUGUGGCAACAGGUCACACAUCUUGCUGCUGUGAUGGCACACUGGUUUUUCACCCAGUAGAUAUGGGAGUUUAUCCAAAUUGGAUUUGUUUUCGAAUUCUUUGUGGGUCUGUGUAAUCUGAGGGAAGUAUGUGUCUCUCAUAUGGUCAUACAUUUGGCAGGAAGUUAGGAAUUGCAGCUCAGUUUCUACCUCAUUUUGUGGGCAGUGUGCACAUAGCCUGUCUUCUCAUGAGAGCCAGGUCUGCCUACGGCGGCCUUUCUCAAUAGCAAGGCUAUGCUCACUGAGUCUGUACAUAGUCAAAGAUGUCCUUAAUGUUGGGUCACAGUGGUCAGGUAUUCUGCCACUGUGUACUCUCUGUUUAGGGCCAAAUAGCAUUCUAGUUUGCUCUGUUUUUUUGUUAAUUCCUUCCAAUGUGUCAAGUAAUUAUCUUUUUGUUUUCUCAUGAUUUGGUUGGGUCUCUGUGGGGUCUGUUUGUGUUUGUGAACAUAGCCCCAGGACAGCUUACUUAGGGGACUCUUCUCCAGGUUCAUCUCUCUGUAGGUGAUGGCUUUGUUAGGAAGGUUUGGGAAUCGCUUCCUUUUAGGUGGUUGUAGAAUUUAACGGCUCUUUUCUGGAUUUUGAUCAUUAGCGGGUAUCGGCCUAAUUCUGCUCUGCAUGCAUUAUUUUGUGUUUUCUGUUGUACACGGGAUAUUUUUGCAGAAUUCUGCAUGCAGAGUCUCAAUUUGGUGUUUGUCCCAUUUUGUGAAUUCUUGGUUGGUGAGCGGACCCCAGACCUUAAAGGGCAAUGGGUUCUAUAACUGAUUCAAGUAUUUUUAGCCAGAUCCUAAUUGGUAUGUCAAAUUUUAUGUUCCUUUUGAUGGCAUAGAAGGCCCUUCUUACCUUGUCUCUCAGAUCGUUCACAGCUUUGUGGAAGUUACCUGUGGCGCUGAUGUUAAGGCCGAGGUAUGUAUAGUUUUUUGUGUGCUCUAGGGCAACGGUGUCUAGAUGGAAUUUGUAUUUGUGGUCCUGGCAACUGGACCUUUUUUGGAACACCAUUAUUUUUGUCGUACUGAGAUUUACUGUCAGGGCCCAGGUCUGACAGAAUCUGUGCAGAAGAUCUAGGUGCUGCUGUAGGCCCUUCUUGGUUGGGGACAGAAGCACCAGAUCAUCAGCAAACAGUAGACAUUUGACUUCAGAUUCUAGUAGGGUGAGGACGGGGGCUGCAGACUGUUCUAGUGCCCUUGCCAAUUUGUUGAUAUAUACAGUUGAAGUCGGAAGUUUAUAUACACUCAGGUUGGAGUCAUUAAAACUCGUUUUUCAAACACUCCACAAAUUUCUUGUUAACAAAAUAUAGUUUUGGCAAGUCGGUUAGGACAUCUACUUUGUGCAUGACACAAGUAAUUUUUCCAACAAUUGUUUACAGACAGAUUAUUUCACUUAUAAUUCACUGUAUCACAAUUCCAGUGGGUCAGAAGUUUACAUACACUAAGUUGACUGUGCCUUUAAACAGCUUGGAAAAUUCCAGAAAAUGAUGUCAUGGCUUUAGAAGCUUCUGAUAGGUUAAUUGACAUAAUUUGAGUCAAUUGGAGGUGUACCUGUGGAUGUAUUUCAAGGCCUACCUUCAAACUCAGUGCCUCUUUGCUUGACAUCAUGGGAAAAUCAAAAGAAAUCAGCCAAGACCUCAGAAAAAUAAUUGUAGACUUCCACAAGUCUGGUUCAUCCUUGGGAGCAAUUUACAAACGCCUGAAGGUACCACGUUCAUCUGUACAAACAAUAGUAUGCAAGUAUAAACACCAUGGGACCACGCAGCCGUCAUACCGCUGAGGAAGGAGACGCGUUCUGUCUCCUAGAGAUGAACAUACUUUGGUGCGAAAAGUGCAAAUCAAUCCCAGAAAAACAGCAAAGGACCUUGUGAAGAUGCUGGAGGAAACAGGUACAAAGUAUCUAUAUCCACAGUAAAACGAGUCCUAUAUCGAAAUAACCUGAAAGGCCUCUCAGCAAGGAAGAAGCCACUGCUCCAAAACCGCCAUAAAAAAGCCAGACUACGGUUUGCAACUGCACAUGGGGACAAAGAUCGUACUUUUUGGAGAAAUGUCCUCUGGUCUGAUGAAACAAAAAUAGAACUGUUUGGCCAUAAUGACCAUCGUUAUGUUGGGAGGAAAAAGGGGAAGGCUUGCAAGCCUGAAGAACACCAUCCCAACCGUGAAGCACGGGGGUGGCAGCAUCAUGCUGUGGGGGUGCUUUGCUGCAGGAGGGACUGGUGCACUUCACAAAAUAGAUGGCAUCAUGAGGAAGGAAAAUUAUGUGGAUAUAUUGAAGCAACAUCUCAAGACAUCAGUCAGGAAGUAAAAGCUUGUUCGCAAAUGGGUCUUCCAAAUGGACAAUGACCCCAAGCAUACUUCCAAAGUUGUGGCAAAAUGGCUUAAGGACAACAAAGUCAAGGUAUUGGAGUGGCCAUCACAAAGCCCUUAUCUCAAUCCUAUAGAACAUUUGUGGGCAGAACUGAAAAAGCGUGUGCGAGCAAGGAGGCCUACAAACCUGACUCAGUUACACCAGCUCUAUCAGGAGGAAUGGGCCAAAAGUCCCCCAACUUAUUGUGGGAAGCUUGUGGAAGGCUACCCAAAAUGUUUGACCCAAGUUAAACAAUUUAAAGGCAAUGCUACCAAAUACUAAUUAAGUGUAUGUAAACUUCUGACCAACUGGGAAUGUGAUGAAAUGAAUAAAAGCUGAAAUAAAUCAUUCUCUCUACUAUUAUUCUGACAUUUCACAUUCUUAAAAUAAAGUGGUGAUCCUAACUGACCUAAGAGAGGGAAUUUUUACUAGGCUUCAAUGUCAGGGAUUGUGAAAAACUGAGUUUAAAUGUAUUUGGCUAAGGCAUAUGUAAACUUCAACUGUAUGUUGAAGAGGGUGGGGCUUAAGCUGCAUCCGUGUCUCACCCCACGGCCCUGUGGAAAGAAAUGUGUGUGUUUUUUGCCAAUUUUAACCGGAACACUUGUUGUUUGUGUACAUGGAUUUUAUAAUGUUGUAUGUUUUUCCCCCAACACCACUUUCCAUCAAUUUGUAUAGCAGACCCUCAUGCCAAAUUGAGUCAAAAGCUUUUUUGAAAUCAACAAAGCAUGAGAAGACUUUGUCUUUGUUUUGGUUUGUUUGUUUGUUUGUCAAUUAGGGUGUGCAGGGUGAAUACGUGGUCUGUCGUACGGUAAUUUGGUAAAAAGCCAAUUUGACAUUUGCUCAGUAGAUUGUUUCACUGAGGAAAUGUAAGAGUCUGCUGUUAAUGAUAAUGCUGAGGAUUUUCCCAAGGUUGCUGUUGACGCAUAUCCUGCAGUAGUUAUUGGGGUCAAAUAUGUCUCCACUUUUGUGGAUUGGGGUGAUCAGUCCUUGGGUCCAAAUAUUGGGGAAGAGGUGCCAUAGCGAGGAGAUGUUAAGAGUAGCCAUCUCUCUCUCCUCUCUCUCUCAAUCCUCUCCUCUACCUCCCUCUCCUCUUUCUCUCCCGCAUCUCUCUCUCUCUCUUUCUCUCUCUCUCGUCUCUCCUCUUCUCUCUCCUCUCGUUCCUCUCUCUCUCUCAUCACUCCUCUGUCGACUCUUUCCUCUGGCUGGGACCUCUCGUGUUGUCUCAUUCAAUCAAUUGGGAAAAGUGUUGUGUGUUACAUUGCCAAAGCAAUGAAGUAGAUAGAAAACAAAAGUGAAAAUCAACCAAUGAAUAUUAACAGUAAACUCUUACACUCAGAAGUUUCAAAAGAAUAAAGAAAUUUAAAUGUCUUUAUGUAUAUAUACAGUGUUGUAAUGUUGCAAAGUAGUUAAAGUAAAAAAUGGGAAAAUAAAUAAACAUAUAAUAUGGUUUGUAUUUAACGAAUGGGUGUAAAGAGUGGUCCCUCUCUCUCACCUCGUCUCUCUCUUCUCACCUCGUGUUCAUUGUCUCUGCGUCUACCACCUUCUCUUUAUCAUCUAAUCUCCUCUCUGGAACCUCUUCUCAACGUCUGUCUGAGUCUAUCCUCUCCAUCUCUCUCAGGUCUCUCUAUCUAUCUAAAAGCGUAUGUUCUCUACUCUCUAUCUCCACACUCUGUGUCUAUUCAUAUCUCGUCUCUCUAUACACCUCUCCCUCUAUCUCUCUCUCUCCCACUCUCUGUCUCUCUCUCUCCCUCUCUCUCUCUCUCUCUCCCACCUCUGUCUCUGUCUCUCUCUCUCUACCACCUCCCUGUCUGUGUCUUCCAUUCUCUCUCUCUCUUUGUCUCUCUCCUCUCUCCCUCCCUCUCCUUCUCUCUGUCUCUCUUUCCCUGUGUCUGUCUGUCUGUCUGUCUCUCUGUCUCUCAAUUCAAUUUCAAUUUAAGGGCUUUAUUGGCAUGGGAAACGUAUGUUAACAUUGCCAAAGCAAGUGAAGUAGAUAGUAAACAAAAGUGAAAUAAACAAUAAAUAUUAACAGUAAACAUUACACUCAGAAGUUUCAAAAGAAUAAAGACAUUUCAAAUGUCAUAUUAUGUAUAUAUACAGUGUUGUAAUAAUGUGCAAAUAGUUAAAGUACAAAUGGGAAAAUAAAUAAACACAAAUAUGGGUUGUAUUUACAAUGGUGUUUGUUCUUCACUGGUUGCCCUUUUCUUGUGGCAACAGGUCACACAUCUUGCUGCUGUGACGGCACACUGUGGUUUUUCACACAGUAGAUAAGGGAGUCUCUCUCUCUCUCUCUCUGUGUUUCCCAUGGUGUGGGGGAGAAGGGGAGAGUGAGAGGAAGGGAAAUCCCCCUCAGCAGUCUGGUGGGGGUGGGGGGGCAGCUGGGAGAACAGAAGCCUCUGAUCUUUGAUUUAGUGACAGAUGCUUUGCUGCAUGGCAUUUGUUUUGGUGGCACGCCAUUGGGCCCUUUCCUCUCAGAGGAGAAGUCAGAGCCACCUCUGUUUCAUAGCUAAGUGGACAGGGGUCUACACGAUGGGUGAGAUUCUUUCAUCUCAUGUAAUUGGCAUUUAAAAAGGUUGUUUCACAUCAGACACAUUCUAAAUAUGUCACAAUAUUGUUGACAUUAGUUGAUUAGUUUCACAUGUUACAGAGCAAAGAUAGUUUCACCUGUUACACGGCAUUGGUUAUUUGGAAAGAGAACAUGAAAUUCAAAUUGAAGUUUGACUCCCUGCUGUCCUGUCACUACCUGUCUCCCCUCCCCAGUGGACAGUUCAGUGCGCCAGCUGGAGACGGAGAUAGAGACACACCUAAAGGACGAGAGGAGAGGAGAGCGGCUACGGAGUGGAGUACAGGUGGUCAUAGCAGGAGCUACCAAUGCUGGGAAGAGCAGUCUGCUCAACACACUCUGUAAGAAUAAUACACACACACAAACAAAGGAUCGCUCAUUUCCUAUUGACAUCAAUGUAUGAGUGCACUUAGUCAUGCACCUACACUUAAAGGAGAAUUGUGCUUUUUUUAUGACCAAAUCUCUAUUUCUGAUGUAAAUGACAUGUUAUAGAAGAUUCCAGACACGUUUUUUUUAGCGAUUUCACUUGUUUUUGAGAAACGUACACCAACCAGCGAUUCACUUCCUCAUCCUCGUAGUGCAGUACGGGGGGCUCUGAAAAAACAUGUAAUUUCAAUCUUUUAUCCGCAACAUUAUAUUCCAUUUUGUGCGACUUGAGCUGUUUCCCCAAUCCACCUGUUCCAUUCUGUGUAGCCACUUGAGUCGCAACCAAAUUGAAUAUAACGUUGCGGAUAAAGUUUGGAAUUACACAAUUUCAUGUGUACAACGUCUAAAGACCUGCGUCACUAUACUGACAGCUUUUCUGUUUCUAGAAGGAUGUUUCUGGAACAUUUGUUCCAUGUUUUUUCAGAGCCCCCCGUACUGCACUACGAGGGUGAGGAAGUGAAUCGCUGGUUGGUGUAAGUUAAUCAAAAACAAGUGAAAUAGAGAUUUGCUUGUAAAAAAAAAGCACGAUUCUCCCCUUUAAUUCUAGAGAAUACACAUCUAAUACACUCCACACUCAACACUUUAGAACGACACAAUGACCACACACUGACGAUUCACGACACUGCUUUAGUCCCAUGUCCCUUGAGAGAAAAUAACUUCCUAAUGACACCUUAUGCAACCGUGGAGCGUCAAAAGUAUUUCUAAUGAACCUGUUUCUAAUGAACCUGUUUUGUUUAUCAGUCAUGUGGUCAUGAGUUUGAGAUAUGACAUCCUGCAUCAUUAAGCAUGGCUCUGUAUAAACCAUGUGGAGUGGUUGUUUGGCUGCUUCCUAUCAGAAUAAUAGACGUAUUUUAUCAGCCUCCAGAUAAAAUCCUGUUAUUGUUUCCUAUUGAGCUUUGUCUUUCCCAGGGCCUGACUCACGGCCUCAGCUCUAACACAGAGUAAUGGCCGGGCUGUCGGUUGUUUGGCUGGGCAGUGGGGAGGGAGGGAGGGAUACUACCGUACAGCACUUUACUCUAUGUACGUAGUUCCGCUGAAUAAAGGUGUGGUUCUGGAUUAAAAUAUCCCAUGGCAGGAGAAGGUUGAUGAGUUUGUCGAGGAUCUUAUUUUGAUUCCAAGAAUAGGACACUUCAAUGGUUAGUAUUUCCCAUGAAUAUAUUGAGUUGUAGUGAUUUUAAGAGAAGAGAAGAUGGAUGGAAUAUUUAAAAAAACGAUCUCUCCAUCGCUCUCUCUCUCUAUCCCAAUUCUUCUCUCUCUCUCCCUCUCUCUCAUCCCUCUCUCUCAUCUCUUUCUCUCUCUCUCUCUCUCUCUCUCCAUUCCUCUCUGUCCAGGCCAGCGUCCAGCAGCCAUCGUGUCCCCCAUCGCGGGGACCACCAGGGACAUUGUGGAGACCUCUCUGGACAUUGGGGGCUUCCCUGUCCUCCUGAGUGACACCGCAGGGCUCAGAGACUCCUCAGACAGCGUGGAGAGAGAGGGGGUCCGCAGAGCCCGCCAGAGGUAG